CUGUUGCAGCUUCAGUCUCCGGCGUGCUGGAGCGAGCGCAGCUCACCGCCGUCUGUCCGCAUCUCUGUCUGUCUUUACCCGCCUUACCCUGUCCUAGGUCGCCGACAGCACCCUCCCCGCACCCUCGUCUCCGAGGCCCGGGCCGGAGGCUGGAGGCGGCCCUCCCGGCUCUCGCCCCCCGCGCCCGCGGAGCCCACCGCCCGCAGCGCCGGCUGGACGAUGCUGGAGUCCAUUCGCGUUACUGAAAAGCUUCACUGGCCUGAGCAAGAACUGGCUAAGAAGUCUGUUCUCAGUGCAGAGGAGUCCUUGAUCAUUGACAGCAAAAGAAGCGGCUCGCGUUUACCUCCCGGAAUACUAAAGGACAUUUUCACCACUGGAACCAGUAGCUACAAUGUCCUCCUACAGAGCAAAGAGGAGAAAAAGCAUCAUUCACAAAAGCAGUCAUCCUCUACGUACUCCAAACGAUGUAGAAAACCCAGCAAGACUCCUAGCUCUUCUCGCAGUAAAGAUCUUCGCAAGAUGAAAAACCCUGUGCCUGGGGCGGGCACAGGUACCUGGUGCUGCCUGGAAAGGCAGCCUGCGAUUUUUGUCACUAGUGCAGUGUCAAGUCCUGCAAAGUUCACUUGUGAUAUCUCUGUUACAGGGAACAGCAUACUCCUGCCACCUAAGCCUAAGGUCAAGCGACGCCAUUUCUCCACUCUUCCAAAGCCAAAGCUGCAGCCACAGCCACAGCUGUCUAGAAGCUUUGAAAAAGGAGAUGACUUUUCUGGAAAGAAAUUUUGUAUAUUGACCGCUAUAAAGCCCACCAAUUUGGAGAAGGAAAAGCUGAGAUUCUUCAGGUCUGACUACACCUACAACCCUCAGUUUGAAUACGCCAACCCGUCUUUGCCCGGCGUGUUAGCCAGGCACAGCCACGUGUCCGACCGGUUUCUCAAGCAGUCCAUCAAUAUUAUGGAGCUGACUUUACAGAAAUAUGGGAGUUAUGAAAAAUUUGAACAGGCCACGGGUGGCAGCCUGCUGUCGAAGCCGCGGAUCUGGAGCCACGUCAGGAAGUACAUGGUGAAAGAAGGCUGCAUGGGCGAGAUUGUAGUUCACCUCACCGAAGACCUGCUGUCCCGUGCUUCGAUGACGGUGGUCAAUGGGUGUCCGACGCUGACCAUCAAUGUUUCCACUGCACGUGAGCACUGGCUGGAGGGAAUGCUGAGGCAUGAAAUAGGCACACAUUAUUUUCGAGGUAUUAACAACCUCCAGCAGCCGUGGAACAGCUGGACGGGCCGUAAAAAACACGAGCUGAAGCCGAACAACCCCACAGAGGAGGGCCUGGCCAGCAUCCACAGUGUCCUGUUCAGGAAAGACCCCUUUCUGUGGAGGGCCGCCCUCCUCUACUACACCGUUUACCAAGCUGGCCACAUGUCAUUCUGCGAGCUCUUCGAGGACAUCGGGAAGUUUGUCAAGGACCCCAACACAAGAUGGGAUUACUGUGUGCGAGCCAAGAGGGGCUGGACGGACACUUCCCAACCAGGCUGCUUCAGUAAAGACCAGGUGUACCUGGACGGCAUCCUGCGGAUCCUCCGGCACCGACAGACCAUCGACUUCCCCCUGCUGACCGCCCUGGGGAAGGUCUCCUACGAGGACGUGGAUCGCCUAAAGGCGCUGGCGGCGACGGAGAACACGCGGGUCCCGCACUUCCUGCAGGACCAGCGGCGAUACCGGGAGCAGCUGGAGAAGAUCAUGGAGGUGAACGAGCUGACGGACCGCGAGCUGAGGGAGCUCGUCUGCUGACCGGCGCCCUCGCGGGCGAGCGGAACCGGGCUGCGCGCCGGCCGCCUCCUAGAGGAGGAGCGACCGUUCACGCGCGUUUUCUGGAGGCCGAUCGGCGGGAUGCCGCGGACGUUUUAGGUGAAGUACAAACCCUAAACCGUUUCCCAAAGAGGUUUCCACAGGCUGCAAAGGAAGGGGACCUGUUUCCCUUCGACUCUCCGCGGAGCCAGAGGGAAAUGCC